CAUUCGAUAAAAAAAUUUCCAGGUUCAGAAUUCAAUACGAAAAGAAGAAAUGUUGGUAAUGAACAUAUAAAAAAAGAGAUCAUUAGCAAUAGAGUUUGGUAGGGAGGCGUGGAGAAAGGAGAAUAUGUAAUGGGGUUGCUUUUGGUGUAUGCAUAUCAAUAGGCUGAUCCAUGGAGGUUGCCAAAUCAAAUGCUUGGAGAAGUCUACCAAGUGUAGGCGAUGUGAGGCGAGGUGACAGAAGGACUAAUAAAGGCCAGGAGGUAGGCGAGGUGACAGAAGAACUUCAAGCGGGUGGCUUUAAGGCCAAAAGCUGUUCCAGCGCAAAGCUCUUCUGCCACUUCCAAAUGGAUCAGUUCAAAGUUCUGAACUCUAACAUCAAUAUCCUUGUGACUAGUAAGAAACCGCUCCGGUUUAAACUGCAAUGGGUCAGGCCAAUUCUUUGGAUCUGUAUGGAUCUUCUAAAGAUUUAUAAUCAGCCAAGUCCCUUUCUUUAUAUGGCAGCCACCGAUAGUUUUCAGUAUUUGUUUUAUUUGAAUAAUUCCAUUCUAGUUUCAAUUACGUGGUAUCUAUGUACUGCUUAAUCUCUGUUCAUACCUUUGUUUGU